AAAAAUGUCUUCACCAUAUUCACUUUGAGCAAGAUAAAAUACAAAACAAAACGAACACAACACAGCACAACAGAAUCGCGAAACUGAAAAGAAAAAAAGAAAAAUUGUAGGGUUUCAAAUCCAUUUUCCUUCCCUCCAAACACCCUUCUCGGCAUAUUUUCUAUUUCUCCUUCACUCACCAUAACAUUUUCCCACUGCGUUUCUUUCUCGAUGCUAAAUUUUGACAUUUUCUUCAAGAAAAAGAUUUUUCUUUGUUCCUUUCCCGGGGAUAUUUAGCGUUCACCUAGCUCUGCUUCUGCUUCUUUGAGGUAACACGGUUUCUGUCUUUCUGUGUGGUGAAGGUAAAUUUAGCGUUUCUUUUGAGGGAAAAUCAUGGCGUGGAAAGUUAUUUUCCCGGGAAAAUUGUGUUUGAAGGUUUAAUUUUUGUUUAUUAUUUGUUUUUACGUUAAAGAUUGGGGGGAAUUUAUUGUGUUUACUUGUCUCUUAAUUGGAAGAAUUGAAAUGCUUUACAAUGUCGGAAGUUAGUUGAUUUUCACCUUGUUUACCUCAAAGGUGGAAUUUUUAUGUUUAAUUUUGGAUAUUUUGUUGCCUUUAUAGGAAUUUGGUGUGAAAUUGUUUAUCUGAGGGGAAGAAUAGCUGUUGAGUGGUGUUGAGGAAUGGGAGGAUUUGUCAUUAAUGGAUCUGUAGACCCGAGAGAGAGGAUUUGAACUCCGUAGAAACUUUUUAAUGAAGAUUGUAUCCUGAAUCGUUUUAGUUUGUAUGUGCAGUAUUGAGUAAUGGAUUUAGAAGUAAUUUCACCUUCUAGGGAUGCGGUGAAAUGUUGUAAUUGUGGGUGUAGCUGUGCUUCAAUAAGUAGUUCCUCUGGGACUUGGCUUCGGUCUGUAAAAAGGAAGUACGAUGAGUUUGAGGGUGGAAAUAUGUUCUUUGUACCUGGUUUGGCUGUAGAUUCAAAUCCUCGUGUGCAGAUUGAGAAUGAGUGCACUGCCUUGCGUGAAACUGUUGCUAGCCAACAGCAAACCAUACAAGAUUUGUAUGUGGAGUUGGAAGAGGAGAGAAAUGCCUCAUCUUCCGCUGCAAAUGAGGCCAUGUCCAUGAUAUUGAAGUUGCAAAGGGAGAAGGCAGAAGUUCAAAUGGAGGCAAGGCAGUUCAAGCGAUUUGCAGAAGAGAAAAUGUCACAUGACCAACAAGAGCUUUUCGCCUUGGAGGAUUUAUUGUACAAGAGAGAGCAGGCCAUUCAAGCCUUAACUUGUGAAGUGCAGGCUUAUAGGCAUAGGAUGAUGAGUUAUGGGCUUACGGAGGCUGAGGCUGAUGGUGACAAACAUGGACCUAGUCAUAAUCCAAACAUGGUGGAAAGUGCUGAUACCCAAUUUGAUCUUCCUGUGUUUGAUUACCCACCGUUGAAGUGCAACUUGAAUGAGAAUUAUACUCCCUUGGAGGAUGAUAAUGACAGUGUAGAUAUUGAAAAAUAUCCAUAUGGUGAGACCCCUCGUGGCCAGAAUGAAAAAUAUCCAUAUGGUGAGACCCCUUGUGCUCAAAGUCGAUUGAAGAAUUUAGAAUUUAGGAUUCAUCAAAUGGAGAGGAGUCCUGGAAACAGCCAUCUGGAUGGGAAUUUUUCCAGUGGGAAGAAUUUAGAGAAGGUGAUUAUUGGCCAGUCUCCCAGGCCCCAAAAACACAGUAGGAGGUUCUCUAAUGAUAGUUCAAGUUCAUACAUGGGAAUGUUUAAAGAAACAGGUUCAGAUUCUGUCACAGAAUCUCCUAGGUUUAAAAGUUAUGUCAAGAAGAUGGAACAAACAGAGGAUUAUUCUAGUUUGAGAAAAAUGGAUACUGCUGUUGAAUUUUGUGAUGAAAUGAGUGACAGAGUUUAUACCAUUGAUUCUGUCAACAAUGGAGUAAAAUAUAAUAGUUUUAAGGAACCUAAAAAUGGUGUAGGAGUUUGUGAGGACUAUGACAACUCACCAAGAGAUUCACUGAACAGAUAUUAUACUGAAGAUCCAGAUGUCAAUAAGCUCUACAUGAGGCUUCAAUCACUUGAGGCCGACAGGGAAUCAAUGAGACAAGCAAUUAUUUCAAUGCGGACAGACAAAGCACAAAUGGUCUUAUUAAAAGAAAUUGCUCAACAUCUGUGCAUGGAAAUGACCCCUGAAAGGCAAAUGCCUGUGAGGAAAUCAUCUGUCAAUAGAAAUUUCUCCUUCAUGUCAAUUUUCAAGUGGAUCGCAUCCUUUGUUUUCUGGAGGAAAGGUUAUCGUAGCAAGUAUACAGCUGGGUUGUCAGCUGACAAUGUGGGCUUGCUUUUGCUUCUAGAUAAGAGCACUCACAUGAGGCAGUCAAGAUGUGUUCACAGCAUACAAGUGUGAAAUUGGUUCUGAAAUUUCUGUUUUCAUUGGAAGGUUAUGCUCAUAAUUGCAAAUGCCAUGCUCAUAAAUGUGAAUGCCAUGUGGAUUUUCGUCAUACUGUUACCGUGACUUUCUCAUUCUUUUGCCUGGAUUCCUGGUUGCCUGGUAAUUGGGUGUAUUGUGAAGUGUUGAUUUGUUUCAUUUUCUUGGGAUUGAAAAGAUUCUGCUGUUUGAUUAGUAAAACAUGGAUAUGGUGUAGGCAUGCUUGUUCAUUAGGUUGUUGGUAAUCAGAAGAAGGAAAAAAGUCUUCGAACACUCUGCCCCUGUACAUUGCAGAUUCUUGUAUGAUUUCAAUCAAUAUGAAGUGCUAUUUUUCCUCA